UCUGCCUGAGUUUGCAGUUGAGUGCACCAGGGCAACACGGCCGUCUUAUAUAACUUUACAAAUACUCACGGGUUUAACGGCGCAGAAGCGGACUUGUGCGCUGCAGAUUUGUCGAUUCAUGGCGGAUUUAUUGGAAAAAGUCUUUGGACAACAGAUCUACAGGUGACUUUUUUUUUUUUUCCCCCUGUCUGCUGGUGACGUGCGUUAAAAGUUACCGACAGAUCGGCGCUCACGGUGGAACUCGGCAGCUCCAGAUAUGUCAGCGACGGCGUCGCCUGAAGUGAGAAAACAGUAGAUAUUUCGGACGAUGUUUUCCUGCCAAACGGAGGGAGAGACAGCAACAAAUCCAGCUGGCGUUUCACCACGCAUCAUUCUCGCAAGGAAAGUCUUUUAUUGGAGUGCUUGACUGUUUGGACAUUGCGUUAUUUCUCAUAUUUUUUUUUUUUUCUCUAACCUGGACCGGCAGGAGAUGACCUAACCGGUGCGUCGCAUCCUUCUUUCACCACAGGAUAGAGAAAUGGAUCAGGAUGGACCAAAGCGCAACGGUAAUCGAGACGACAGCCUGACAUUUGGGGAGACGGGAGAGGGAAUAGGCAGAAGCACAGGUGACACGGCUAGUUCACUGCUCCAAUCUUCAAUCCACCUGCCGGGCUCAGGAUCACUGCCCCAGUCCUCAGUUGCCCCAAAACUACAAGGAGGAACCAAAGACCAGGCUGAUCUUGGAGGCCUCUUUGAGUCCCCGCAGCAUCAUAUCCUCGGUGAAGGGUCAGAUAUGAAGGAGGGUAAAAUGAUCAAAAUGCAGAAGCAUCAGCACCAACAGGAUAUUGGUGUAUUCAACUUGGAGGACAACUUGUCGUUUUUGAAACGGAGCAUCUCCGAUCUGGACCGGACGUCCACCUCUGUCAUCAACACCUCGGACACCUCUGUGCUGGGAAACCUCCCUCUGCCCGACCUUUUUUCCCCGCACAUCAAACAGGAGGGGAAUUUCUCCCUGGAUAAAGACUUGGAAACUUACGGCGGACCUACAGGUGCUGGUCUGUGUGAUUUGGAUGGAAACAGCAGUCGCCUAAUCGAGGAUACCGAGAUAUGGCAUGACCUGGACCUUCCUAGUUCUCUGCCAGAGAUCAGUGAUUUCGAGUUGGAUUCAGAGGUGGCGCACUUGGAUACCAUCCUUCAUGACAGCCGGGCUGGUGGUGGUCCUAUCAGCGAAACUAAGUCUCUCAUAGGUAACGGAGUUAACUGUACCAACGUGAACGGUAGGGACCAGCAGCACCACCCAAUGCACCAUCAGCAGCAGCAUCAACAACAACAACACCAACUUCUACAGCACCAGCAACAGCUUCAUCAUCAACAGCAACCCCCUGUGUCGCUUCUUACAAGCGUCAUGAUCAAGGAAGAGAAAGAUCCGGAUGACUCAUUCAUACACAUCCGUACUCCUGGUGUGAUCAAACAGGAGAAGCAGGAAGGCGCUAGUUACUGUCAGUCACAGUGUCUACAGAGCAGCAUGAGUCCACUCCCCAUGUCCUCGCCUAUGGGUGUCGGUGCAGGUCGCUACCACUACAGAGCCAGUGUUUCCUCCACAGCAGGUCUUCAAGACCAGAAGCCCUUUGGCCCAUUCUCGAACCUGCCUCUGGUUGGGGAAAGCUGGGCCAGGGGGAGCAGGUAUGGAGAGUCUUCUGGGAUUCAGAGAGGUGAUGAUGGGCUCCCCUCAGCAGCAGCCAUGGCGGCUUUCUCUGUCUCCAGCUUCGCAAGUAUGCAAUCCAGCUCAUCAUCGAGAGCAGCAGAGACCAGCACCUCAAAUGCCUCUGGCCAAUCAAAGCCCGGCGGUCAGACGCACAAGAUCUGUUUGGUGUGUUCAGAUGAGGCCUCGGGAUGCCACUACGGGGUCGUGACCUGCGGCAGCUGCAAGGUGUUCUUCAAGAGGGCCGUUGAAGGAUGGAGAGCACGACAAAACACAGAUGGCCAGCACAACUACCUGUGUGCAGGGAGAAAUGACUGCAUCAUCGAUAAGAUCCGGAGGAAGAAUUGCCCGGCCUGUCGCUUCAGGAAAUGUCUUCAAGCCGGAAUGAACUUGGAAGCAAGGAAAAACAAGAAGCUGAUCAAGAUGAAAGUGCAGCGACCCGCUGGAUCAUCCGAGCCUCUCAACAACAUGCCUGUUCCAGUCAUCCCCAGGUGCAUGCCCCAACUCGUGCCCACCAUGCUGUCUGUGCUCAAGGCCAUCGAGCCAGAGAUCCUCUACUCGGGAUACGACAGCACACUGCCUGACACCUCGUCGCGGCUCAUGACCACUCUGAACAGGCUGGGAGGACAGCAGGUCAUCUCUGCAGUCAAGUGGGCAAAGUCCCUGCCAGGCUUCCGCAACCUGCACCUGGAUGACCAGAUGACACUGCUGCAGUGCUCCUGGCUCUUCCUCAUGUCCUUCAGCCUCGGUUGGAGGUCGUACGAGCAGUGUAACGGCAGCAUGCUCUGCUUCGCCCCUGAUCUCGUCAUCAACAAAGAGCGUAUGAAGUUGCCCUUCAUGAACGAGCAGUGCGAGCAGAUGCUGAAGAUCUGUAACGAGUUUGUCAGACUGCAGGUGUCCUAUGAUGAGUACCUGUGUAUGAAGGUCCUGUUGCUGCUCAGCACAGUACCAAAAGAUGGCCUGAAAAGCCAGCCAGUGUUUGACGAGAUCCGUAUGACGUACAUCAAGGAGCUGGGAAAAGCCAUUGUGAAGAGAGAGGAAAACACUAGUCAGAACUGGCAGCGCUUUUACCAGCUAACUAAGCUACUGGACUCCAUGCAGGAGAUGGUGGAGGGUCUUCUCCAGAUCUGUUUCUACACCUUUGUGAAUAAAACCCUCAGUGUGGAAUUCCCUGAGAUGCUGGCAGAGAUCAUCACCAACCAGAUACCAAAAUUCAAAGACGGGAGCGUCAAGCCUCUGCUGUUUCAUCAGAAAUGACUGCCUUAAACUGUGAAGCAAUGCCUUAAAUUCAGCCCUGCCCGUGUACCUCUCGGGGGCCCCGAGAUUUCGCCCCUGAACUCUAAGCCUUGGCUUGUCCUGCCUCCCCUACUGCUCUGUUUUGAUUCCUCCAGUUUUCCCAAGCCCCCCGUAGGAAUUCUGCCACACCCCACCAGCCAUUCAGCCAAAUUUCGGAGCACAAUACCUGCCGCCUCAUGCCUUCUUAUCCUGUCUAAGGUUUGGCUAAACUAUGCUAGGAAGCCUCUCAGCUGACCUGAAGCCAUUCUUCUCGACUAACCAGGAAGAAUUUUUGUCCUCCAGAGGAGAAAUAUUGGCUGGUAUGUUGGCAAGAGGCCCCUCAACCCCCCCCCCCCCUCCGUCCACAGCCAUGUCCUCACAGAUCUAAUGCAGUUUCUUUUGGUGGCUGCCUGCCUAUUUUCUCUCUCCUGCCACUUGUGUUUUAUUGCUGAUAUUGCUGACAAACCAACACCUAGAAACACCUUUCCCUCCAUCAACAUCAAUCUCACCCUGCCGUCCUGCUCACCUGAUAAGCAGCGUGUUGAAGCUCGCCCCAAGUUCAGUCCCACUGCUACUCUGCUCACCUGCCUCGCCCAUCAGUGUUUGCCCCCCACAGCUCCACUGCGCACAGAAUGUUGUGUUCAAUUGUUUCGGUUUCCAGAGCACUCGGCAUUGAAGGGGAUAAACAGAAAAAUUAGAACUCACUCUGACAUUGGAGAGUCUUAUUUGCACCCAAGGAAUCAAGGAUGAACUGUUUUCAGCUGCAAAAUCAGUUAUCUUCUCUGAAAUUGUAGAAUCCGACCAAUGGUAGAAAAAAAAAAUCAGCUCGAGGAAUAUUCUUUUGUUUUAUUCAUUUCUGACCACACACUUACGCACACUAACAUAGAAAAUGUAUACGAGGACACACACUCACUCAGUGAAAUGUUUACACAGGAUGUAUCUGAGAAGGGAAAAACAGUGCCUUUUAGCUUUCAAAGCCAUCCUAUAUAAUCCCGUGUUGUUUUGCAAAAGAUUCUAACCUCGACAUCCGUCUGCAUAUUUCUCCUGUUUGUUUUUUUUUUCUCUCCAAGCAACCGUUGUGGUGUUUUUAAUGUGGGCAGCUCUCUCUGUUCUGGACCUUAAAUGUGCAUCGUAGGAAAACAGCAUAUGGUACAAAUAGGAUAUAUGUACAUCAGUAUGAAAUAUGAAGAUCUUAAUUAUAAGGAUUAGGUCUUAAAAAGAAUGAGAAUAACAUAUAAACGACAGAAAAGAAUGAAAAGAUGUUUUUAUGUCCCCAAAAACACAUUGCAUGUGUUUGCCCUUUUCCUCAUGUGAAGUCAAUUUGAUAAUUCUACUGUAUUUCUCAAUCAGUAUUGCAUAAUUUUAGAGUAUCCAGAUUAAUAUUAUAUAUAAAAAGUUAAUAUAAAUGACACAUCAAGAUCCUUUUUAUCUAACAAGUUUUAGAGAGGCUGCAUCCAGCUUUGUGCUAAAAUGGACACCACUGGAAUUGAAACAAGGCUGUCUAAUGUUGUGUAACAUUUAUUAUUUUUAGGGCUAGAAUAAUCAGUCAGUUGUUAAUUGGGAUAACAUUUUCAACAAACCCUGUUCAAUUUAUUGAUAUGCAAUUGCAUAAUUGCAACCUUGUGGCUGAAUUUCCACAGCGUUUCUAUUUUGGUUUUCAUUCAACCUUACUUUAAAGUUUAGUUUUCUAGAUCUCACUCGGAGUGACUUAUGGCCAAGUAGGACUGGAAAUAAUGCUGAUGGAACCUGUAAGAUCACUGGACUGGAUUUUAAGCAGCAUUAAAACAUUAAGUGAUAGAUUUGAGAUGAUUCAGAACGGCCGAAUAGCUCCAAGUUUAGUAACCAAGUCAAACCAAACCCAGUUUGGUUCAACCAACAUCCCCAUGUAGGACUCCCAAAAACAGAAGGAAAAAAAAAGACAUUCAACAACAAGAUAUUUCUGAAAACACAUUUUUAAUGACUUUACCUGUCUGUGAAAUAUGCCAUUCCACAUCAAAUACAUCCUAUAAUCAGGUUCAUCUUAAAGUGUUUACAUCAACAGCUACUGAGGUAUUUAUUCUUUUGACCAGCCCAAAAUAUAAAGAUGGCUAUGAAGAUAAUUAAACAGAAAUCUAUUUAUUUUGUAUAUGAGAUGUAAAAUAGAGACACCCAAAAUCGAUGGAACUUCUGUUCUUGGCACAGGAUUUAAUCUCUUAAAGUUUAUUUUUUUUUGGAUUAAGAUGACUUCGGUCCAUGAAAUUUGUGAAUCAAAGCUCAGGCUAUGAGUGAUCACAUCACCUCGAUGUGAUCCACUAGUGCCAAAUGUAUUAAAAGAGAGAUUUUAUGCCUCCUUUCCUGGAGAAGUGAAAAAAGUAAUUAUUCGGAUGGAAUUCAACAUGAUGUGGUUCUUGUUACUGUGCUCGAGAGUGCUCCUUUAGUCCAGUAUCACACCGACACCAGCUUAAACUUACUGAUUGUUCUCCGAGAAAGUGUAUGACAGACUUUUUUUAUGGAGAUGCACAAACACAUUGUAUUUUAAAAGAUUGCAAGGUCAGCAGGAAUAUCUGCUGCUGUCAAACAGGUGGUGGUCAGCACUUGGUGCAUUUGUAAUCAAAAAAAUGUAUGUGUACCAACUAAUGUGAUGGCCAAACCAAAACACUGACUGCACAGUUGUACAAACACAAUCCUCCCCCCUCUUAGCAGAUAUGCUUCUAUUUUCCUCUGUGUUUCUUGUAACUGCCUCUAUGCCUACAAUGUCGACCUUAUACAUUCUCAAAUAUUUAUUCUGAAUGGUACUCAUCCCUCCGCCCAUAAUCCUGAAUUGCAGUUAGCAGACCAGGUAGCAGGUUGCCAUGGAGACAGCUCAUUUGUGUGUUACUUACAGCAAACAGCACAGCGGGCUCUGGCCGAGUACGAGCCACUAUUCAAUAAGAGCCAUCAUGUUAUUAAUCAGCCAUUCUGCCAAAAGGAUGGUCAUGUACUGUGCAGGCUUUCAGCUUUCACCUGCUUGCUCGCUCUCGUGGCCUUGUGCUGUAAGGAGAAAAAAAAAAAAAAAAAACCAAUCCGCUCACUUCAUUGUGGAUUAUUAUUCGGGGAAUAUUUGACAAAACUGUCUCUUUGUUUGGGUAACUUUUGCAAACAGUAUUACAGUCGUUUCCCGGUGGUGGUGCUUCAGAAAACCAGCUUUAACGUGUUGAUGUAACCUAAACCCUGCUCGUUUCUAAAUGGCCAUAGGUGUUUAUAGCAGCGCCGACAUAACCAGUGCAAUGUAAACAGUGUCUAUUAUUACAAACUAUUUUUACAUAGACAUAACCUCUAUACUCCUAUACACUUUUUCUCUUUUAACUUUCAACUACUUGUUCGAUUAAAGGCCUUGCGAAAGGGAGACAGAGAGCCAUAGAAAUAAGAUUUCAAAUCAGGAAAUAGAUAAACCCUUAUCAAAUAUCAAUACUUUUGGAGAUUGAUCUAUUGUAAAAAAAAAAAAAAAAGAAAGAAAAUAUUUUCUGUGAUUUUGAAUACAUCAGCUUGAUCCUCUUUGAUAUGAAUUAUUUUACCCAAUCCUUUUUGUAUAUUAAAUGACUCGAGAAAGUACAUAUUUUUUUCAUUUGUGUUUGAUAAGGUAGACGUGUUGAAUACAUUAGGAAGUGUUAAACAUUUUUUGUCUUGUGAAGUAAAUGUAAAUUCUAAGAGUCAACGGGAAAGUCCACAUGAAUGCUAACUGUGUUUAAAAGUUAUACGGAAACGAGGGAGGGAGGGAGAGAAGGGUGAGACAGGCUGGAGGAGUGUUUUUGUGUUGUGUAAGUGACCAAAGCAGAGGAGAAUUAAAAAAAAAAAAAACAACUAACAAACAGAAGUAUUCAAGCAGUUACAUUUUAAGUAGCACUUAUCCAACUUCUAGUACUUUCUUUGUUUUGAAAGGUAUCUUUUGUAAAAGGUCCAGGCUUUUGGCUCCCAUGUAUAUUGCUGUGAGGAUUUACUGGUCACAAAAUAGAAAAAAAAAGAAAAAAAAAAAGUUGAACCUCCGCGUGAAAGUAAAUCUACCAGAGCCUGACAGAAUUGCACUACCCUCAUAUUGGUUGAUAAAUUCUAUUUUGUAUAAAAUACAUGCAAAUAUUAUCUUUUAAGAUUAAGGGCAGAUCAUGUUUCACUGGUACAUAUGGCUAUGGCUUUCAUUGAAGUCUGUUUCGCUCAUAUUUCAGUUCUGUAAAUGUAAUCCGAUGUAAAAACAACCAAAAAACAUAAAAUGUUUGUUUAAAAGAAACGAUAGCUUGUUUUACUUCUGUAAUACACCUCUUCUGUAGUCAGUGUCGAUAUUUUCACCUAUUUGAUUAAAUGUUGAAUUCAGUUACCUGUGUUGUUCUUUGACAUUGGAUUUGGCUUCGUGUUGGAAAUGACUUGGAAAAUGUUUCCUUCAUCGCAGGUGGAACGUGGAUAUUCAGAACAGAUUAGUUCAAAUAUUAUACACAAUAAAGUUUCCUGUUUUUCAAGGCA